AUGAGCGCCCAUGAUUAUGAGGACUAUGAAAAGGCUUGCAAGAACUACGAUGAAUUCAGACUCGCAGCCGGAGGUGAAACAGAACUGAAUGCACUACGCAGACUGGGAAAGCCAUUAAGAGACCUCCACAUUGCAGACGUUGGCUGUGGCACGGGCAACUACACUAAGUAUUUCCUGGAUAAUGGCGUUGGCAAGGUGUCCAUGUUUGAUGCGAGCGAGGGAAUGCUGAGAUACGCGAGAACCAAGGUUGCUGACUACGUCGCGGCUGGGCGCGUGCCGCACUGCGAACAACUAGAGCUUCCAUGCCCUAUACCGGGAGGUGAACAACGUUACGACGCCAUAUGCAUAAAUUUUGUUCUGCAUCACCUAGGUUCUCCCGAUGAUGAUCUUGCAACGGAAACGUUUCCUAAAGCCAUGGCAGCGAUACGCAACGUCUACGACGCCCUGAGAAAGGGUGGUCUCUUCAUUCUACUCUCUUCUUUACGGCCACAGCUUCCGCAUAUAAUGUGGCACACUAGCUUUAUAACCGAUUUAGAUGAUUUGUUCAAUCAACCAAUAAUAAAAUUCGUGUGCGGCGAUUACAACAUAAUUGAGAGGGCAUUGACAAAGAUUGGGUUUUCAAAUAUGCAGGCAACAGUUCCUCUUCAUGAAAUACUUCUCAAACCACACCAUUAUUACAAUAUCGACAACGCAUCCGACCCCAGAUUCAUACAAUCGGUUUCUACAUUUGCCUUGAUAAAAAACCGAGACAAGAAUAAGGGUACUAAUCAUAUGGAGACAUACUUCCAAAGACUCCGCGACUCAAAGGAGAGGAACGAGCUUGCGGCAGUCAUAGAGGAGAAAGAGACGCUGAGAAAGAUAUAUGGUUGUAUAACCGCAAUUUCUGCAGAAAAACCUUAAUAAGAACAUAAACAAGAUUGCCACCGUAUUGACAGUGUCUAUGCGUUUAUAUAUAAUUUUCAGCAGAGCGCACGGAUUUUUACUUAACGUUGCACAAUUGAAUGAUUUUCAAUCUGUAAUCAUGCUGGAGUCUAGAAACACGAAAGAUGUCAAAUCUGAACGCAACUACGCCACUAAUCUGUAAUUUAUCUAAUAUAUAUGAAUAAAUACUUCAUAAUUUA